UGUUAUCCACGCAGUCAUUAUUCGCGCUUUCUGUCAUGGAAAUCAGCUGAAUCAAAGUGGAUCUUUGAAGAAUGUAAAUUGAAUUCACUGGACUAUAUCAUUCCGCUAUUGAAAUACAUUUUCUGUUUGAAGUAUGGCAGACAGUGACACAAACACCGGUGGUGUUCCAAAAGGAUUGAGACUUGUGGUGCGAUUUUGGGGCGCAGUGUCCGGGCUAUGUUCUGCAGCACUUGGCUUCUUUGUUCUUUUUACACUAUCAGCAACAUGUUUAGGAAUGGGAAUAUAUAUGAUAGUGAUGGGAGUCCUUGUCUUGGGUUUUGAAGCUCCCAUGUGUUGUCAGUAUGUACCAACUCUUGUGACAGUCAGUAACUGGAUUGAUGCUCACUUCAGAUUCUGGAUGAGAGGAAGUUUGUAUUUUGUGAUGGCCAUUCUCCCUAUAAUAUUUUGCCUGGAAGUCUCCACAUUUGUUGGUUGUGGUUCAAUCAUGAUCACAGCAGCCUUGUAUGGUGUUUUAGCCAUCGGAAGAAAGGGAGCUGAUGUAAACAAGAAUGCUAAUUCUGAUGACAUUGAGAUGAAAACGAACUUAGUUGAUAACAAGGGUGAUCCAAACUAUGUAGAAGAAACAGGACCUUGAAAUGUACACUCUCACAGUUUGUGUAUGAGAUACACUUUACCACAGUAUUUAAAGAUUUUAAGUUAAAGAAUAAUUCUAUUAUGAAAGACUUACUAUGAUAGAACCUGUGCAUACUCUGGUGGUUAACACGACACUGCAGUGUACCACAGUUGUGAUGUCAUAAAUUUUAUUGUCUACAAGACGUAGAAGCUAUCCCCUCAUAUUUACACACUUUUAAUCUGAUGCAAUAUGUUAGAAGAAUGAUGGUUGUCUACAUGUACACUGUACAUAGUGCAAAGUUCAUUGUGAGGUUUGCAUAGCAGCUAUUUUUACCGGUGUUAAUGCCACAUCUUCAUAAAUACACAACCCUGCAGAAACAACUAUGUGGACCCCUUAAGCCCCCCCGCCCCAGAUUAGAAUGUCGAAGGGUUGUGAAAGGAUUGAUGUAUAGUGGUAACAGUCGUAUUCUGAAAAUAAUUACUUCUUCUAAAACUGGUAGUUUAUCCAGCAGUAUCAGUGCCAGAAAAACUACUGGUUUUAGAAGUUAACCUAAUGCUUGAGUUCGUCACAUUUUCAAAUAACUAAUUCACUCCAAGUGUGUUGCAUGUUAUCGUAAAUGUAGCUAGUAAUGUAGAUGGUAUCUGAUAAUUAUUGCAUCACAAUAGCUGCAUGUACAUGUGAUCUUAUUUUAUGUUUAGUGGGUUUUCAAAUUAUAUUUUCCUUUCAAAGAAUGAUAUUUUGGACUUGCAGUAAAAGCUGUUUGAACUGCAAAUCAUACCUGGGGCUUUUUAUACAGUGCUGUGUUUCCUCAACAUUUAGUGGCACAAGACUCAACAGGAUUAUUUCAAAUGUCAUAUUUUCAUUCCUGAUGUCUAUAAAUCUGAACUAGAGACGAACAUGUUCACACUGUAGCUGUAGAUCUGUAGAAUACCAUCUUCUCUAUUACAUUCUUUCUCCAAGCAGUUAGGGCUUUAGAAGAAUAAUUAAUUAUAAUUCUUACAAAGCACCUUAACAUUAUUAAGCACUGUCAAAUUGUGCCUCCUUAGAGUUUUUCUAAGAAUGUAUUUGAGGGGUAUUUAACUAAGGAAGGCACUAACUGAUAAUUCAGGAAUGAAAAUUGAACCAAUUGGAAUGCUCGGAUUGACCUCAAGACUACCUUAUCUUGGUCAGGAUUUUGCCAUGGGGAUGAAAACAGACUUAAGCUGGUGUAUUUUUGGUUUCCAAAAGUUGGCUGAUUCAUUGCCCAAGUGCCAUACAAUAAACCACUUACUAACCUAGCUGGCUUGAACCGUACUGGGGAAUAUCUGCUCCUGCUUAUUAAUUAAGAAACUAGAGAUAUAUAAUUUAUAUUAAGCUUGGGUUAUCUGUUAGUCCCCAAGCUUGAAGGAAAUUACUAAGAUAUUGACCUUUAGGCUUUAGACUCCAACAUGCAACUUAUCCAACUGUCAUUGAAAAGUUGAAGUUUUGAUACUGUUUUUAAAGUUGCAGUAGUGAUAGCCUGUUACUUCGGACGUACAUUAAUACAUACAACUGUAUUUAGUUGUAAAAAAAUCCUAGUUACUUCAUCAAUGGCUUGUUAUUUAAAGUGGACACUUCUUUUAGCCUAACCUAAAAGGGUUAAAGUAGUAAUUUAUUUUAAUUUAUUGUAAUUUAUUUACUUAUAUAAGUUUAUAUACGUAUUAUUGUAAUAUAACAGCAGAUCAUUAAAUCCACACGAAAAAAAAAAAAGAAAAAAAAGAUUAAAACUGUUAACUUUCUCAGUGCAGUUUCAAUUUUUUUGUGCAUAUCAAAAUUCUUAUAACGGAGGUUUAUUUAACCCUUGGAAGUUGAAAAUUUCUAGAUUCCAAUUGGAGGAACAAAUACCAGUUGGAGCCAACAUAAUAAUUGAACCUGUAGCUUUAUAUCUGAGUUGCCUGGAAACAUUUUUAUCUGCGCUGUUCCAUGCUGGCACGUUUUCAUUUGCAUUCUUUCCACUCUCUGAUUGGUUGAUCAAAACAAAACGAUUCUUUAAGUGAAGCUUCAACGAAGAUUAGCCUAAAACGGCACUGACUGAUUACCAAUUUCAAUUCUGUCAGCAGGGUUUAUCUUAAGUUUAAUACUUGCUUAUUGUGGUGGGGGUAUAUAAGAUUCUGCUAUAGUAGAGAUUGUCAACUUAGAAUCAAUUGAAAGUGAAAAGGAAGAGUUUUUAUUUUUUAUCAUUAAAUUAUGGUUCAAGGUGGA